AUGGCAGGUGUUUCAAAAAUAACCACAGGAUUGACUGGCCUGGCUGUAGCUGCAAAGCCUCAUCACACUCUUGGAGUUCUGUAUAGUAAGAUUCUCAGGACCCUUCAGAAGAUGCCACAAGAUGCAGCUUACAGGAGACAUACAGAGAUUAUUAUAAAUGAGAGAGCACAGAUUCUGAAAUCGAACUCAGAUAUUGAAGUAGUGGAGAAUCAGAUUGGAUGUGGUCAAAUAGAAGAGGUGAUUGUCCAAGCUGAAAAUGAGCUCAUUUUAGCCCGAAAAAUGUUGAAUUGGAAGCCUUGGGAACCACUACUGAGAGAAGCCCCACCAAAUCAGUGGGCUUGGCCACCUGCUCAAGCUAAAAAUUAGUCAUUACAAAUAAUCAAUCAACUAGUCUGUUAUAAUUGUAAUAUAUUAUGCUUCACAAAAAAAAACACAUUUGUAACUCAUGCACAACUCAUGUCAUGUCAUCCAAUCAAAUUUCAUGGGACAUGGAAUUGUCAAAAUAUUCCUAAUUUGCAAAUUCUCCUAGGUGAUUAUAAAAGUCAGUAAGUCCCUAGGUAUCAAUAGAAAUUGACAAAACUAAAUUUAGUUAGUGGUAAAGUGUGUACCAUGAUAUUUAUUGCACCAAAGGUUCUAUAACUAUAUGAAUGUUUUUUUUAUAACACUUAACAUGGCUUGGCUGAAUUCAUAGCCUCGCUCUGCUCACUAUGCAGACUAUGCUCGGCUAUGAACUAUAAGCCGCGGCAGUCUGAAUCUACUACUUUGCUGCCUAUGAUGUAACAACCUAUUAUUGGUACAGUCUUCUACAGAAAACAUGUCGCACAUGGACGACGAAAGCACUCUUAAUAACGUCAGCAAUAAAAGAGCUCUGACACUAUUAAAUCUCACGACAUGUUUACUGAAGAAGCCUGUACCUAUACCUAUAUCACAGAAUACUCAACCAACAGUAUUCUGUGCCUAUAUGAAGCGUGUUGUCGGUCGAAUUUUCCAACACUCUGUAUUCAGUAAUAUAACCAAAAAUACUUAUAUUUGAACAGAGCAUGUAGAAAUAUCAUGCAAUUCUUAAGUGUAUGUGAUUAACUAAUGAUUAAUAAUAAUAUACAUAGGUAAUUAUAAUAAUAAAUGCCAAAAAAUGUUUCAGUAAUUUAUGAACCAUUGUGGUUAUGAAACGUUUCAGUAGAUCAAUGUGGAAAUCGAAUCUACUGACAAUUCAGUAGAACUGGCAACCUUGUAGCCGACGCAAAGUGCGUACGAAAAGCAAUGAACUCAAUUUAUAUUGAGUUCAUUGACGAAAAGUACUUGCCUUUGGAAAUAGUCGGUUUUUCGUUCGGAAAUUAGAACGUAAAAUGUGAUUUUUCGUAGUCCACCAAAAAUAUUAUUCAUAAAUCAACUUGCGAGUGAAUAAGCCAGAUUCAGAUAACAAUAUAACUAUUCAUAUCCGAUAUGGUCUAGUGGCUAGGAUAGCUGGCUUUCACCCAGCAGGCUCGGGUUCGAUUCCCGGUAUCGGAAGUUUACUUUUUUUAAACUUUUUGUUGCUUUGACAUUUUUUCUAUAGAUUAUAUACAUAGAAGGUGAUUUAAACUGUUUAGAAAAAAUGGUAUGGGUGAUGUAGA